GUCAGCUCUGAUCACCGUUCUGUGACUGUUUGAGUGGCCCUGUGAAAGCCUCUCCUACCAGGUCUCACCUCCACUCUCCUCACUGCUCCCCCAGCGUCCGAUGGCAAAGCAUGACCCUAACGAGCUCCCUCCUCCAUACUACUCUGUUGAGGUGCACACCGCCCUGCCCCUCCAGUCCUAUGAAGAGGCAGUCUAUGGGGCGGGUCCGCGGCACACUCCUCCCAACCAGCUAUACUACAUCCCCCAACACCCCCCACCAGUGGCUGCGCAGCACAUCUGCCAGCCCAGUAUAUCUCUUCCUGACAACAAGAAGAAACACAAAUUCUGCAAUCAUAGUGCCAAGUGCUUUGGUGGGUCAGCAGGCAUCGUUCUGCUGCUCCUCCUGGCCAUUGCCAUCUGGCUAGGAGUGCAUUACGGUACCAGGUUGGCAACAGCGGCUGCCACCGUCGACCACCAUGACAGUGAGGAUGAGGGGCACCAUGAGAAGCAGUUGAGCGUGCCCGUUCAUGACACCUGCUCCAACUCCACCGUCCAAUGUGACGCUCUGCGGGACUGCCAACUGGGCACGGACGAGUCCAGCUGUGUGAGGUUUGGGGCGGACGGUGCUCUACAGGUCAGAACGUCUCAGGAUGGUCGUUUUCUCCCGGUGUGUUACCAGGGAUGGGACCAGAGCUACGCCGACCGUACCUGUGCCCAACUGGGCUUCAGAAAGUCCUUUGCAACCAAGGCAGUGAAAUCCCAGCAGUCAAUUGGUCUAACCCUGAACAACAGAUCGUCUUUACCCAUCCAGGGCCAGGUCAACGUCAGCUCGUCCUGCCCAGACCAGAAUACUGUCUCUCUGAAGUGUAUUGAUUGUGGACGUCAACAGUUGUCAUCCCGGAUCAUAGGGGGCAGUGUUGCCAAGCUGGGCCAAUGGCCCUGGCAACUCUCUCUACACUUUGGUGGAUCGCACAUAUGUGGAGGGGUCCUGGUGUCCCCUGACUUUGUGGUGACAGCCGCCCACUGCUUCCCCAGGUCGUUCCCCCCGGUCCGUGAUGCCAGUAGGUGGCGUGUGUACGGAGGAGUGGUGUCACAAGACAAGCUUCCUUCUCCCUACCUCGUGGAGAAGAUCAUCGUGAAUGAGAACUACAACAAUGUAACCAACGACCAGGACAUCGCCAUACUGAAGCUGGCCUCACCAGUGGACUUCACUAAUGCAGUUCAGCCUGCCUGUCUGCCAGCCUUUGACCAGACAUUACCCCAUGGAACCAAAUGCUGGACCUCGGGAUUCGGAACAACAGAUGAGGGGGCAGCGAAACCCUCCAAAGACCUGAUGGAGGUGGCCGUUGACAUCAUCGACGUGCGUGUGUGUAACAGCUCCAAGGUAUACUCUGGCAGUGUGUCCAACAACAUGCUGUGUGCCGGUGAUCUCAACGGGGGCAGGGACUCCUGUCAGGGAGACAGUGGUGGUCCUCUGGUGUGCCAAGCCAGUGACAACCUUUGGCAGCUGGUGGGCGUGACCAGCUGGGGCAGCGGCUGUGGGCAGAGUAACAGGCCGGGAGUCUACACCAAAGUGUCCAGCCUACUGCCCUGGAUCUACAGCAAGAUGCAGCUGGAAAGUCUGUGAUGCCACCUCCUUUCCAGUGACCUCGCCGCAUCCUGUCUCUAAAGACCGCUGGCGGCCUUCUUUGUCCUUCCUCUCUGAACAUCGCACCAUGAAGUCCUCUCAGAAUGAUACUAGAUUGACAGAUCAAGAUGGAUAGAUCGAAGGGUCGACAGAUGAAAAGAUGGCCACUAGCUAAGGGAGUAGCAGGAAAGGCAUACUGCACUUUAACACAAGACCAUGGUUCUUGUGUUCUUCUGUUCCUUUACUGUACCUUCUAAAAUCACAAAAUGCAUUGUAUUUACUGUAAUUAUGCCCAAUGGCUGCUACACUAUGUAUAAUAUGUGAAUCCAGGCCAAUCCAUUCUGGGCUCCGAUUCCAGUGUUGGGUUUGAAUGAUUUUAAAUCCCAUCUGUUUUUCUAAUCUUACAGUAAGGAUAUUUAUGACAUUUA